UAUAAAUAACCUCCACAACCAAAUCCAAUACACACAACAUCAUUUGCAUCUAGGAGAAGCUUUAGUAAGAAAAAACCUCAUAAAUCAAACCAUGGCUUGCUGGUCUGCAGAAAAUGCCACAAAGGCCUAUCUAAGCACUUUGAAAAUGGGUCAAAAUGCAAAAGAACCAGAUGUUGCAGAGUUUAUAUCAGCACUAGCAGCUGGAAACAAUGCACAACUCAUGGUUGUGGCUUGUGCUGGUGCAGCAGAUUCCACCACACUAGCUUUGAUAGCUGCUGCUCAUCAAACUGGUGGCAAUGUUGUUUGUAUUGUCAAAAGCCAUGAAGAUCUCAAAGCCUCAAAAAAAUUCCUGAGACUAGGUGCUAGCCAAGUGCAAUUCAUGGUUGGAGAAGCUCAAGAAUUGCUUUUAAACCAAGCAGAUUUUGUGCUAAUUGAUUGUAACCUUGUGAACCAUGAAGAAAUUGUCAAAGCAAUAAUCCAAGGUGGUGGUGGUGGAAGGAAAAAUGGCACAGUGGUUGUUGGUUACAAUGCAUUUGGGUGCAGAGGUUCCUGGUGGUCAUGUGAGUCAAAAACUCAGUUGCUUCCAAUAGGAGAAGGGCUUCUUGUGACAAGAUUUGGAGGGGCAGAAGUAUCAACUACUAGUACAAAAUAUGGAUCUAAAAUGAGUAAGAACAGGAGUAGAUGGGUUGUCACUGUGGAUAAAUGCACUGGUGAAGAACAUGUUUACAGGAUCAGACAUCCACAAGGGAAAGUGAUUCAAGCUUAAUCAAGUGGUUAAUUUUGGAUGCAAAAUGCAAAAAAAAUUAAGAUUUAGCCCACAUCCCACCCCAUUCUUCUCUAAAUUUUGCUUCUAUUAAUUAGCACCUAGGACCUGUCCUGUUCUAAAUGUACAUAGAAAAUUAUAAACAUAUAAUGCUUAAAUUGGUUUGAAAUUUUUUCAAAAGUUUGUAUAUGUUCUGUUGGAGAAGGAUCAAAACAUACCCAUUGCAGACUCUUACUCACACUUACAGCCCGAUUG